ACUCACGCUUGCAAGGUCACAGCGUUUGCGACGAUUCAAAACGCAAAGAAUUAAAUGUAAUGUUACAUGUUUUGUUUUUCACUCUGAGAACUUAAUUUUAAUGACCUUUCCUACUGAAUUUCCCCUAUUUACCUUCAAUAUUAACGUCCGUGCAUUCCAAACUUUUCCGGGUUAGUAACAGGCUUUCUCUACUAAUACAUGUCAGUAUACUGUACAUGUUGUUCUGUCUAUAUCAAAGAUACUUUAGAUCUUCUGAAUACUUCAUGGCGGCGUAUUCUCAACCUAUGUGAAAAGAAACUUCACCACUGAUUUUGGGAUCUCAAUUUCUAUGAGAACGAAUUUCUAUUUGCUUGUAAAAAAUGAUCUCGAUUAUUCUUCAUUUUUUUGAGAAACAAAAAUGGUGAACGAUGCGACGAAGUUCCUGUUACUUGUCGGUCUAACUAGAUAAUCUUUUGGAAUUUUUUCGUAUUAUACAUUAGUUUAUUUGAAUUGUGCUUAUUAUCCUGGUAAAUGACAUCUUGAAUGAAUUCAGUGACCAGUUCAAAUAAAAUUUACCAUGAACGUCAAUCUAAAAUGUUUUGUGCAUUGCAUGCGCUGAAUAAUGUAUUUCAGGAUAAAAUAUUUUCAAAACAUUGCUUAGAUAAAAUAGCUGAUAAUCUUAAUAGCAAUUCACUUAUUAAUCCACAUAGAAAUGUAUUUGGACUGGGGAAUUAUGACGCAAAUGUGUUAGUUAUUGCUCUUCAACAAUGUGGUUAUGAUAUUGUUUGGUGUGAUAAACGCAAAACAAUAGCUGCGCAUAAUCUAAAUUUUGAUAAUAUUUUCGGAUAUAUAUUGAACACAUUUUCUAAUCGUCGUAUUUUUAACUUAACAUUACCAUAUUCAGGAAGUCAUUGGAUUGGUUUACGAAAAUUAGAGCAUGAUGAUAAAUAUUCAUAUUUUAAUUUAGAUUCUAAAUUAUGCGAACCGGUUGUAGUUGCGUCAACGGAUGAUGAAUUUGUUAAUUAUUUAGAAGGACGUCUUAGAGAGUAUCCAGAGACUCAACUUUUAUUUGUCGUAUCCAAUGAAGUGCUUCAGCAACGAUCUUGGACGCAUAAUAAACAAUAAGUACAGUUAAUGACGAUCUAAUUUUUUGUACGUUUACAGUGAUACUUUCCGAUCAAUAAUAUACAUUUGCUUAAAA